ACUCCAAGCUGUCCGACUUCAGGCGAGCUUUUUGAGACCUCCCCCGGCUGCAAUCGGCUAUUCUCGUCUAUUUUCAGGGCGAGCCGCAGCUCGUCUCAAACAAGCCUAUUGACUUUAUUGGGAUAUAUAAACCAAUGAAGUAUGUGGUCGUUUAAGAGUUGCACUGUUAUUGGUGGCUUCCCAGCCCCUUCACAACAUUUCAUGUUGAUGGAACUGCUGUGGUCCAAUGAAUGCGUCGGCGGAAUAUCUGUGAUUGGUCCAAUGUACGGUUGUGGGCGGGAUGUGUUGAUGUUUUGUGAUGGGAGAUAAAAUGGCGACGGUUCGGAAACCGUAUUAACUUGAUAACAUACUAGUAAUAACCGCUGCAAUCACGUAUGCCCCUUUUUGUCUCAGUCCAUUAGAACGAUGUAUAUGUUACUAUUUGAAUACGACUUCAGGCCAUGUUGAAUUUGCUGUCGAUAUCAGCAGGACUUACAUUAGCUGGACACGACUUGGAAUUGUGAAGGCAAGGAACAAAGCGCGAGUAUUCAGACUAACUUGAUUUUAUGUCAAUGAUCCUUCCAUUCAGUGCUGGGACUCUACUGAAAUGUGCCUCUUUAAAUGAGCCGGGCUGAGUAAUGCUUCCCAUAUCCAGCCGGAAUUGUUUUAGUGUGGGGAAACGUUAGACAAGCUGCGAUUAACGUCACCGUUAGAGGAAUUUGAAGGCUCUUCUAAGACAACUAAUAGCUUAUUAUCAUCUCAACAAGUAGAAUAAUCACAAGUUAUUCACUUUGUUUGUUACUUAAGCUAAAUUGGCUGACCAUUGUUGUGAACACAUGCCGUCCAGCUGCUUGCUUUCUCUCCCAUGGAGCCGCGCGGCACGGCGGGAAGCUUGAGUCCGCUCGGCUCCUCCGAUGGCUCUGCCUUAGCUUCGCGUUUGUUAGGAUAGAGCAGCUAUCCACUGAUAAUGGAUGAAUCCAAGCCAAGGUGCAGCAAAAGGCUGCGGGCCGGCACCCGGCGACGUUACCAUGACGAUGGCAUCUCAGAUGAGGAGAUUGAUGGAAGAAGGAUGUUUGACCUGGACGACAAGGUUCACAGUGAGAGGUUCGGCUCCGACCGGGUUCUGCGCAUGGAGGGAAAAGACCUGACAUACGAGUUCGUCCAGAGAGAGGGCCUGAGGGACCCGAUCCUCUUUGAGAAGCCUGAGGGACUGGGAAUCAAGAUGCCUGACCCCGACUUCAGUGUCAAUGAUGUCAAGAUGUUUGUUGGCAGCAGACGUAUGAUUGAUGUGAUGGACGUGAGCACUCAGAAAGGGACGGAGAUGUCGAUGGCCCAGUGGACACGCUACUACGAGACCCCCCCGUCUCAGAGAGAGAAGCUCUAUAAUGUCAUCAGCCUGGAGUUCAGCCACACAAAGCUGGAGAACCUGGUCAGGAGACCCACCACGGUAGAUUUGAUAGACUGGGUGGACAACAUGUGGCCCCGUCACCUGAAGGAGAGACAGAGAGACUCAACCAACUCUAUCACUGACAUGCAGUACCCCAAGGUCCAGAAAUACUGUCUCAUGAGUGUGGAGGGCUGCUACACUGACUUUCACAUUGACUUUGGAGGGACCUCAGUGUGGUACCACAUCCUCCGAGGAAGCAAGGUGUUCUGGCUGAUCCCUCCCACCCCUCAGAACCUGGAGCUCUAUGAGAACUGGGUGCUGUCCGGGAAGCAGGGAGACAUUUUCCUGGGAGACCGAGCAUCUGACUGCCAGAGGGUUGAACUGAAGCAGGGCUGCACCUUCAUCAUCCCCUCAGGUUGGAUUCAUGCCGUGUACACCCCUGUGGACACCAUGGUGUUUGGAGGAAACUUCCUGCACAGCUUCAACAUCCCCUCGCAGCUCAACAUCUGUAACAUAGAGGACAGAACGCGGGUUCCAUUGAAGUUCCGCUACCCCUUCUUCUAUGAGAUGUGCUGGUACGUGUUGGAGCGCUACGUCUUCAGCCUGACCAAAACCUCCUACCUCACACCAGAGUUCCAGAAGCACACGCUGGGCAUUGGUCUGAAGAAGCCGGCCAGCUCGGAUCCAGCCAUCGAGCAGCUGAAGGAGGAGGGGGAGGGGGAAGAGAGGGAUGAGGGAAGCAGUGAUGAAGAGUUUGAUGUUAAACUUCAUCUGACUCCCCUUGAGCUGGAGGGGAUGUGGAACCUGCUGGGUAAACUGGAGGCUCUGCCCUCCAACAAGAAGUGUCUCCCCGCAGGCAUACACAACGCCCCGGCACUCAUCACACACAUCAAGGCUCUGCUGAAGGAACACGCCAGUGACAACCCCAAACUAUCGUACUCCGGGAAGCCCAUCGUCAAGUGGCCAAAGAGACCCUCCUGGUACCAGCCUCCUCCUCCACCACCUCCUCCUCCUCGCCCUAAACUGGCCUCUACCCCCGUCACCCCCCGACCACAGAAGCCAGCCUCCUCCAUGUCUGUGCUGAGGCGCCGCAGAGUCAGGUGUAAGCGCUGUGAGGCCUGUAUGAGACCUGAGUGUGGAGACUGUAACUUCUGCAGAGACAUGAAGAAGUUUGGAGGACCAGGGAAACUCAAGCAGACCUGUGUGCUUCGGCAGUGUCUCUCUCCGGGCCUUCCUCUGUCUGCAGUGUGUGAGAUCUGCAAAGAGCCCAAUCAGGAGGAGACUGGAGACCCCUCCCUCACUCUGAUGGAAUGUUCCAACUGUGCACAGAUAGUCCACCCUGCCUGCCUCACGGUUCAAGGUGAGGGGGUGGUGAACAGAGACCUGCCCAGCUGCUGGGAGUGUCCAAAGUGUGUCCAAGGCAUCACUGACCCAGAGUCAUCAGGCAGCGAUGAACCGUUGGCUGCAGGCCACCAGCAGUACAUCCGGCCCCGAGGCCCCCUGGUCCUCAGACUGGGCCCCGGGCCCUCUGCUACCAUAGGGGGUCCUGUGGGCACCCAGCAGGAUGGGGAGGUGAUUCGCUGUGGGUUCUUCACUCCUCCUCUUCCUUCCUGCUCUUCUUCCUCCUCACUUCUAUUGGUGGCGGCCCCUCUGCCUUCUCAGCCAAUCAGCUCGAGACUGCAGUCUAAAGGAGACGCAGGGGAAGGCCUUCCAGCGAAGCGGAAAUCUUCCUCGCUGCUGGACGCCCGUAUGGCUAAGAUUUACCGCCGACAGAGACACAGCCAUGAUGGAGACGACUCUGCCAGUGAUGAUGAUGACGAUGAUGAUGAUGAUGAUGAUGAAGCCUCUCGCAGAAGAAAGGCACUCUAUGCCCGAGGAGGGGGGCACUCUGCCAGGAGGGGCUUUGGGGCCAGCAGGAGAGGGCUACUGAGGGGGGGCUCGGCCCGCAGGGGGCACCUGGCUGCUGGCUCCUCCUCAGCACUCAAGCUGAAACGAGGGAUGGGCGUGAGGGAAGCAGGGAGGAGGGGGCGAGGGGUGAGGCUGAGGGGAGGCUCCAGGAUGCAGCGAAGAGGAGAAGAGUCCGAAGAGUCAGAUGAUGACGACGAUGAUGACGAUGAUGAUGAAGAGGAGGAAGAGGACAGUGAAGAUGCAGACAAAGAACAACUGCCCCGUCGACGGAGGAGGAGGCGGCAGACUGAUGAUGAAGACGAGGACAGUGAGGGGCAGGACUUUGACCCUGAAGACGAGGACAUGGACACACUGGAAGAUGAAGGGGAGGAGGAGGAUGAGGAAGGGCGCUGGGAUUCCGACCCAGAACCCCCAGUGCUUCUGGUGUCAGAUCUGAACGAUGACCUGCUGAGCGGCUCCUACCUGACGGUCACCUUGCAGCGGCCACACAGGGCCAAGAGACACGCAGGCUCUAUAGUUCCAAAGCUAGAAGCAGCCAUGGGUGUGAGGACAGCUGCGGGGGGGGCUGCAGGUCAGCAGGGCUUCAUCCAGAGGAAGACGGCUCUGUCCAAACCCUCCCGACUGAAGAGUGCUGACUCAGCAGCUGACAGUGGCACCCCGAGAGGACCGGGAAGGCCACGUAUGCGAGGUAACCAUGGCGACAGAGGCACUCGAGAUCACUCUGUGACUUCCUCAGAGGAAGAGGAAGCUGCUGCGUCUUCUGUGCCCUCUUCCCUGUCUCCCCCCUCCCUGCUGUCUCUGCCCUCCUUUAAGGACGUGGGCAACGAGAGUGGGGGGGAGAAGGAGGUGUGGGUGUCAGUGUUCCAGUACCUGGACCGAGCCCAGCUGUUGGCCUGCAUGACCGUCUGCAAGGCCUGGUACAAGUGGAGCUGUGACAAGCGUCUGUGGAGCCACGUGGAUGUGAGCCGCUGCAGCCCGCUCAGCAACCAGGUGCUGGCCGGCAUCAUCAAACGCCAGCCCGCCUCUCUGGAUCUGUCCUGGACCCCCCUGGCCAAGAGACAGCUCAACUGUCUGCUCACCAGGCUCCCAGGUCUGAGGGAGCUGAGGGUGACGGGGCUGUCCUGGUCUUGCCUGUCGGCGCUGGUCUCCCCCACGCUGCCCUGCCUGCGGCUGCUGGACCUGCGCUGGUGUGAAGGCCUCAAAGAUGCCCAGAUUAAAGAGAUCCUCACCCCUCCAGGCUUGGAGUCGUCCCGCAGCAGAUUGAGGAACAUGGUGACGCUGCGUCUGUCGGGGCUGGAUGUCAGUGAGUCCACGCUGCGGCUGCUGCAGCGCCACAUGCCCCAGCUGCAGAGGCUGGACCUGGCUCACUGUAAGGACAUCACAGACUCCUCCAUCAGCCUGCUGGCAGCCGCCGGCUCACACAGCCGCAACAACCUCACUGAGCUCACUCUGGCAGGUUGUAGCGAGCUGACGGAUGGCUGUCUGUCCUACCUGAAGCGUCUGUCCUCUCUCACUCUGCUGGACCUCCGAGGCUGUAAGAGCAUCAGCCGACGGGCCUGUGACGCCUUCAUCUCUGACCUGUCCCACGUGGCCCUCUUCUGUAUGAUGGAGGAGAAUCUCAUCCAGCGCCUGGAUUAACACACACACCUGUUUACACUGUUUCAUGGUCAACUGUAAGAGAGAAGAAGAAAGCUCAAGCUUCUGCCUUUUUGUUUUUUUUAAAACAUGAAGAGCAUCAAACCUGGAGUUGUCUGUCAGAAACAUUAAACGUUUUUUCAAAAUGUCAAUGUAUCUUUGAAAAAGUCUUCAGUUGUUCACUGAAUUGAAUAAAGGAAUUGCCUUGCUCAAGGGCACCUCGGCAGUGCCCAGGAGGUGAACUGGCACCUCUCCAGUUAGUCGUUCACGCUCCAUUUCUUUCAUGUGAUGUGAACCAGCGACCUCUGGUUCCUUACAGACCUCUGGCUUUUUGAAGGGUCACUUUUUCUCAUAUCAACGCUAGAAUGUACCACCUUGUUUCUUCCUUCAGAAGCCACACGUGAGAGCAGCUUUCCUGAGGACAGAGUGACGCAGGCUGGACUCUGCCUGUCACGCUCCUCUUUAUGACUUUAGGAUUAAAAGUCCGGUAAAUGAGGGAUAAGAGUAAGCGUUGUCCUGGAACAGAUCAAACAUGCGUCUGUGUGUACAGUAAAUGGCUUGUGUUUAUUUGUUCAUGUUAUGAUUCACUUACGAUUUUUCUUACUUUGGAAACAUAAUCAAAUGUAAAUGGUGAACUUUGUAUUUGCAGCAUUUGUUUACAAGCAUUACAUGAACCACUCACGGACUUAAGUAUGAAGUGUUUUAUACAUAUGGAUCAUAUUUGAUCUAUAUGGGCUGUCAAAGACUUGUGCAUUCUUUGCUCUGUAUUCUGUGGACAGCAGGGGGCGCUGCUGAGGCUGACUGCACUCAACAUAUUCUGAGCACAAUGUCUCAAUGAGACAGACCCUUUCAUUUCUAUGGGAUGGAAAGGACCUAAUUAUAAAUAAAAACAAACGCAAAGAAUUUAUGAAUGCUAAAUAAAUGCACUUUUUU